AUGGCCCAAACAGAUGCACUCCACUUCAUCAUUGUUGGUGGCUCACUGGGUGGCUUGGCUGCCGGGCUAGCACUUAAGUCAAUCGGCCAUGAUACCACGAUUCUGGAACGUAACCCGACACCAGUGCUAGAACAGCAAGGAGCUGGCAUUGUUGCGGGAGGCGACACCCUGGCUUUCUUCAAACGCUAUAACCGCUGCGAACGCCCAAUAGCUGUGACUUCUCGCCGCCGCCAGUAUCUGGACAGGGAAGGAAAUGUUGUGCACAAAGAAGAGAUGGAUCAGAACAUGACCUCAUGGGAUCUCGCCUAUUUUCUCAUGCGAGCAAACUAUGACAGCAUAGAUAGUAAUCAUUGCAAGGCUCCGCCACCUGUUCCAGGUCACGGCAAAGCAGAACAUCUGCAUGAUCACAACGUCACAGGCAUCAAAGAAGAAGGCAAUAAGGUCAGAGUCUUCUUCAAGCUAAGCGAAGGUGAAGAGGGAAGUAUCGUCGGCGACAUGGUCAUUGGAGCCGACGGCCCAAGCUCGACAGUACGCAAAAUCUUGCAACCAGACGUCGAGCGAAAAUAUGCGGGGUAUUGCGCUCUCCGUGGCACCAUUCCUGAGAACGAUGUGAGUGAAGCGGCAAGGGAAGCUUUCAGUGAACGCUUUACGUUCUUCCACUGUCCAGGAAUUCAGAUCUUGGCAUACCUAAUUCCCGGUGAGGGUGGCACAGUAGAUCCUGGAAAACGUCUCAUCAAUUUUGUCUAUUACACCAACUUCCCAGAAGGCUCUCACGAGUUAGAGGAGAUCAUGACUGACAAGAACGGGAAACGCCGUCCGAUCACAGUCCCUCCGGCCAUGAUAGAUCCAUGCGCGUGGGAGAGGCAACGCAAAAUAGCGGAACAGCGCUUGGCUCCUCAGUUUGCUGAGGUUGUCCGCGCCACCAAGAAACCAUUCGUUCAAGCUGUCACUGAUGUAAUCAGCCCAACAAACUUGUAUCUGAACGACAAAAUCGUGUUGGUCGGCGAUGCGCUUGCAGGAUUUCGCCCUCAUACUGUCGCGUCAACAUCACAAGCGGCAUUUGACGCGAUGAUAUUUGCUGACUACGUAGGAGGCAAAAUAUCUAAAGAGGAGUGGAGGAAGGAGACUAUGGGGUUCGCUAGAUACAUACAGAAGAGAGGUGUUGAUAUGGGAACUCGGUCGCAGCAUCAGAAUUUGCCGCUGGAGGAUCAUAUUCGUGAUCGAAACGCCGCUUCUACUCCGAGAGAAGAGGAGGUUUAUCCAGAUUGGGCAACCGCGAUCUGA